CUUCUUCUUCUCCUUCAGUUCGUUCCCCGUUCUUCCCACUUCCCCUACUCGAUCACGUUGGUGACGGCGUCCCGCCCCUCGCCGCUGCUAGUGGACAGUCGUCGGUCUGAUUUCUGGCCCGAUUAGGAUCUUUUGCGAGUACAUUCUCUGUCGCGAGCCGCGACGUCUUCUUGCCCGCCGCCACCACAUCUGUUCACAGUUUUUCCAUCUUCGUCCGCAGGCUGCUGAGCUAUGGUGGGUUGGCAAAGACUUGUUUUACAGACACUGUAUCGUCAAGCUGGGAGAAGGGUAGUGCCCUCUAGUCAAACCACCUUUGCCAAGUCCUCAUCUUCAUGCGGGGCGGCAUCCUCUGUUUUCCCCGGCAAAUCAAAUUGUUUGGAGACGUUUUGGAACCCAUCAUCAUCAUCGCUGCGGCCUCUUUAUCAGUAUUUGCAACAUGCGGGAAUUUCCUAUUCAAGGACAAUGCUGGCUGAUUCGUCAGAGGAUAAACCUAUUCCUUCUCCAUUGACUCCUCCUGUCCUAGCUUUGGAUAGCGGAAAAGCUGAAGACCAGAAGGCAGUCUCCAAACCUGCUACUGUUCAAGCUGUACUGAAGGGGAUAAAGCAGAGUCCCAAGAAGGUCAACUUGGUUGCUGCGCUAGUUCGUGGCAUGCGAGUUGAAGAUGCAUUGUUGCAGUUGCAAGUGACCGUGAAAAGGGCUGCAAAAACUGUUUACCAGGUUGGUUAAUCAGUCUGUUAUUAGUUAAUAGGAAUCGUCACAUAGUUGAGACUGAGAGACAUAAUUUUUCAGGGCCAGGUUCCUGGUUUUACACAUUUUUAUAUAAGUUUGUGGAAACUGGCAUUUAUGUUUGUAGGAAAUAGGAAUCAGAAUAUUUUGUUGUUAUUCAUUCCUCAGACUAGCAUUUUCCCAGAUAAAUAAACAACUAAACAAGACAUUGAUUUUUACUCCCAUGAACAAGGAUACUGAUUGAGCUAUCUGGAGCAUGAACUGUGUCUCUCUGUUCCUGAUAUCAUAUGAGUCAGAGUUAUACAUCCAUUUUCACUUCUUUUUCGAUAAUAAGCAAUGAUCAUGGAACUAAUAUAUAUCGCGAUCGUCUGGAUUAAUGUAUUGCAGGUCAUCCAUUCAGCACGAGCGAAUGCAACACAUAAUCAUGGGCUGGAUCCAGACCGUCUACUCGUUGCUGAGGCAUUCCUGGGGAAGGGGCGCUUCAUAAAGAGAGUCUCGUAUCAUUCCAAAGGGAGGCAUGGAAUCAAAGUGAGACCGGAGUGUCGAUUGACGGUUGUAGUGAGGGAGACAACCCCAGAGGAGGAGGCCCAUAUAGCCAAGCUGAAGGUGAACAACUUCCGCAAGCUGACAAAGCGGGAGAAGCGUCUUGUCCCUCACAAACUUAUUGAGAUCGAACCAGUUUGGGGCCGUAAAAGCAGAAAUCACGAAUCGAGAGCUUCUGCUGAAUAACCUGUGUUCUAAGAGAUGUGGUGAGGUCAACCUCACGCCCAGUUAAUGCCACUGGUUUUAGGGAGAGGUGUAUUUAGCUGAUUCUGUUACCAGUUAGUUUCUAUUUUUCGAUAGAGAUUUGUACACUGCUUUUGAUGCAUGUCUAGAGCUGUUUCAUUAGAAGAGAAAUAAGA